AUGCAAAAGGAUAUCCUUGCAUUUCUUGUCUCUCAUAGAUUUGAAGCCGUCUCAACAACGCCCUUGAAUGAAAACAUUUUGAAGCUGCCGACUCAACGCAAUUUCAACGACAUUUUCAAGUUUAUCAUCUUGACCAUUGAACCGGGCUACGUGUUUGAAAAACCAGUGGAACAGGAGAUUAUCCCCAUUCUAAAGUCAUACCAAUACCCUUAUUUGAACACCAUUUCCAGAUCCAACUUUAGCGCAGUCGGCGGACAAAAUAACUGGCCAACCUUUUUGGGCCUUCUCCACUGGUUAGUGGAGUUGAGCGAGUUGUUGUCCAACGGGUUGACCGAUUCCUCUUACGAACCCGAUGACGAUUUCGAUAAAAUCUUUGUCAAGUGCACCAUGGACUGCUACGGCAAAUUCUUGAGAGAAGAUGAAAACUACGAGCAAGAGAGAGAAGAGAUGGAGCAACGAUUUGCCUUGGAGUUGCAAAGCUAUAAAAAUUUGAUUGAAGAAGGUGCCAAACGGAACUUGGCCUUGGAAGAAAAAUAUGCUCAGCUAACAGCCGAGUUGAAAGCAAAAGAAGAGGCCGACCGCAAAACGAUUGCAUUGGAGGACGACCAUGAAAAAUUGAAAAACUACAUCAAUCAGGUCAAGAAAAUGAUUCCAGAAUGGAAAACAAAACUUGAUUUGGGAGAACGAGAACUCGAAAUGCUUAAUGAAAAAUUAAAACAGUUGCACCACGAAAAGGCAACGUUGGAUACAGAACUUGCAAAACGGGGGAUCUCCAUCGAGCUGGUAAACAAGAUACAUUACGAAAGAGACAGUCUUCUGAAAGCCAAUGACGCGGCUCACGCGCGAGUCGAGAAUAUCAAGGACAAAUUAGCCACACGCAUCUUUGAGUUGGAGACAAACUUGGACGAGCUCGAAGGUGUGCUUCUGGAGUACAAUACUAGCGUUCAGAGACUAAACUAUGAAGAUGAGACCAAGUUCCAAUUUGGCUUGAAAAUCAAAGAGGAUAUCCAAAACACGGAUCGCGCUUUUGGGCGGGAUGAGAUUCUCGCGAAUAAAACGACAAAUGAGGAAAAAACGCAGCUAAUGGCUGUUUUGGAGCAAUUGAGAUUCCAAAUCGCCGAGGAUACAAAAAAGAUUCAGACUGUCAAGCAGGAGAGCGUGGGUGUGCAAGAGAUGAUCAAUUCACAACGAGCAAGAGUAGAGGACUUGCAAAUACAGGAUACACUAGCCAAGCGGAAAUGCGACGAGAUAUCGCACAAUUUUUCUCGCCAACAGGACGAUUACAUGACCCAAAUCGAACAAACAGAACAACGCGCAAGAGACAUCAAAAUGGCCAUGAGCUCGGCGGUGCUCAACUUGGAGAGAAAACUCCAGGACGCCAACAUCGAGCACAAUGCCACCAUCGAAGCCAUUGAGAACAAGAGGCGCGAAAUGGGCGAAUCGCUCGACAAGGUGGUUUCUUAUGUAUUGAAAUUUAAGCUCAAUGUGCUGGAGAGAUUGAUGAUUAUGGAUGACAGCAUGCAAAAGCAACAGCAGCUGGAUUAG